AUGGCCAACUCCACCGCCCCWCAGCAAACGCAAUCCCUCCCACUCCGCACAGCGUCAUCGUCAUCUGUAAGCUCGUCGCGUGCGGGUUCCAUUUCGAAAUCAUCGACUGGCAAGCCGCAAUCGAUAAGCACAUCUACAUCAAACGUACAAUUGCACACCCCUCGCUGGGACGCGUCGACGGCCAACGCAUCUCCAUCGCCAUCGGUGUCCAAACGCUCUUCUUUCGCCGACAACUUGAAUCUCCGCCACCCAGCUUCGCCGCGAGCACAUCGAACUCUGUCGUUCUCCGGCUCGGCGCUGACGGAAUUGCUCAUGAGUCCCACGAAUAAGCCCAACGGGGCCGAUGAAAGAUUCAAGGGAAAAGACUGGCGCAAGAUCCAACUACAUGAGAUUGUAGACUCCAGCGAGGUUCGCUUCGUGGAGCUGGACACAAGCAUUGAAGACACCACCAAGCUCUUGAUCCGAUCGGGGUCUCCCAAUGUGGUUCUCGUGAGGGAGUCAACCAGGACGCAGACAGUGAUACAGACCUUUGAUUACUCAGAUCUCAAUGCGUAUCUUCUGCUCGUCUUGGGACUAUCGCAACCAGAUGAGCUUGCCGCAAAAUUAGCUGAUCGGGCACGGAGCGGCGAUGUUAUUCCUCUGCGCGAUGUGACUGAUCAUCUUGGUGCGAGGGAGGAGCCGGCGUUUUUGCCACACACAGCGACAUUAUCGCAGGCGAUGGAGGUGCUCGGAGGUGGACACCACCGGGUCGUCGUUUGCAAGGAGGGCACAAGCGAGGCUGUUGGCGUGCUGAGCCAGCUGCGGCUGGUACGGUUCUUCUGGGACAACCAUACAAACUUUUCUGCUACCGAGAGGCUAUACUCGCUAAUGUUGAAGGAGCUGGAAAUAGGAGCCAAGGAGGUGAUCGCCAUCAAUGGAGACAAGCCUUUGGCGGACGCUCUGAGGCUCAUGCACGCAGAGGGCAUAACAUCCCUACCUGUGUUGGAUGCCCAAGGACACGUCGUCGGCAACAUAUCUCACGUCGAUGUUCGGCUGUUGACGGACACAUCUGCGAUUCCUCUCCUGGGAUCUAGCUGUUUGCACUUCAUCUCCGUCAUUCUCUCCGAGCGCGGUAUGCUCGAUGGCAAAGAUUCUUACCCGGUCUUCCAUGUCACGCCCUUCUCGACGCUUGCCCACACCGUUGCAAAGCUCUGCGCCACACGCUCUCACCGCAUGUGGAUCGUAGACGCACCUUCACCCGGCUCGAGUGUCCCGCCUUCUCCUGGCCUGCACCACGUCUCGCCACCAUUCAGCCCAUCCAACAGCGCCACCUUCCAACAUCAGACCCCUAUCACAACCCCGAACCGACAUGGUAGUACAGACAACGGGCUAGCUUCUAUCCGUCAUGCUCCCAAUGAGGGUAGCAAUGCCAGUGUGGCAGUUCCAGCAGGCACGCUGCCCGGUACAGGCAUGAGUGGAAGWUUGUCGGGCGUCGUGUCUCUCACCGACAUCCUCAACCUCUUUGCUCGUGCAAGUGGUCUGUCUCCUGGCGAUCCGGAGGAAACUCGUCGCCGUCGUAGGCAGUCCAGUAGCUCGAGCGURCGUCCAAGUAUGGAAAGCAUGCGGCCUAGUAUUGAGGCGCUUAGGCAGAGCGUGGAACUCGGCCGGGCUGAAAUGGGAAGGAGUGCUAGCAGCAGCCGUGACCGUGGCAAUUCUAGUGCUAGUGCAAGUGGCCGGUGA